UCCUCUCCGUCUCGGAGACUCGGACAGUCGGAUUCAGUCAGUGUUUGGCCGUGAUUGUGAAAGGUAGUCGGUACGCUCGUUUCCUUCGCACUUGUAAACAAUUGACUACACUCGACGAAGUGAAUCUCAUAGCCUGUCAGAAACCAGGUGUCUUGAAUUAGAUAUACCUUAAGGAUAUACAGAGUGUUGGAACUGCUGGAAAGUAGCUACAAAAAAUGGCUGGAAGUACCACCACCACUUCCUCGUGGCUCCUGUCCAGGAUCUGGAAGUUACCCUUGCUUUCCCACAUAAGCUGCAGCAGCAGGACAGACAUCCUCCCAAGUGCCAUGACGACAGAUGAAGUCCGGGACAAUGACCUCAGUCCCCUGAAUGCCAAGGACCUGAGCUGCGAGCCAGACGAGGCGUGGCAGGCUAUCAAGGACCGACAGAUUCUGAUCAACAUUGACCCCCCAAAGCAUGAUAAGAUGCCCAUCGCCCCUGAUAAGGUCAGGUUCGUCUGCAUGAGCGACACUCACACCAAGACGGACGAGCUCAAAUACCCAGUGCCCCCAGGAGAUGUCUUCCUUCACGCCGGGGACUUCACGAGGAAAGGAACUGUCGAGGAGGCGGAGAUUUUCAACGAAUGGCUUGGUACCCUGCCACACCGCUACAAAAUCGUCAUAGCUGGGAACCACGAACUGCUCCUUGACAAAGAUGCCUCUGCUGUCACCAAGGUUGCCAGUCCGGACGAGGUGCUCACAAACGCCACGUCCUAUCUCCAGGGAUCAGGCACUUCGGUUUACAACAUCAGAAUCUACGGCUGCCCUUGGACCCCAAUAUACCACGUGAUGGCCUUCAACCUGAGCCGGGGGUCACCUCUGCGCAGUAAGUGGUCAUCCAUACCCAACGACGUGGACAUACUGAUGACCCACGGUCCGCCGCUAGGCCGCUGUGACCUCUCGCUCAAAAAUAAGCGGUCUGGGUGCGUGGACCUGUUGAAGACCGUCCAGUCUAGAGUCAAGCCUAAAUAUCACAUAUUUGGACACAUACAUGAGGGACACGGCAUCUCUUAUGAUGGAACCACGACCUACAUAAAUGCAUCGACCUGCAAUGUCAAGUACAAGCCGGUGAACCGCGCCAUCGUAUUCGACUACCCGUUGCCCGAAGGACUUUGUAAAGAGGACUUCGAUUAGGGAACUGAUUUCGAUUUGUCUUUGUUGAUCCUACAAUUCCACCUUUAAUCCUAUCUUGCUCAAAGGAGGAAUUUGGGCAACAACCCCGUGACAGGCCUUUUUGGUAACUACAUAGAAAGUUUUUAACAUAUAACAGUGAUGGACCUUUUUGGUAAUUGAGGACGAAGUAUUUUAAAGAAUAUGUCAUUGUGAUCAUCUACUGUGAUUGGCUUUGUUGUUCCCCAAGGAAAUAGAUUUUAUCUUUUUAUGCCUUUUCUUUUAUUGGUCUGUCGUCCUGACAAUCAGUGUUGGUGUCUUUGUGGAGUCAAGUUUAAAUUUUAUACUGAAUAUUCAACCCAUUGUCUGUGAUAUACAGGAACUUGUGUACAUAUAGGGACUUCAAAAUACUACUGUACCUGCCAUGAGUGAUUUCGUGUAAAUAUUUACCUUACUGAUCAAGAAGGAUCUUUUGUGGCCUUUUGUUGAAAUGAAGGUUCGUGAUCAUUAAA